AUGGGCCAGGUGGCAAGCCGAUUUUCUGGAUUGUUCACGAGGCCGCCAACAAAUCUUCGACCAAACGAUGAUGAGGAUCCCGAGCAACAGUUGACUUUUGCCAACGCUGCAGGAUCCUACUUCGGAUCUCACUUUUUGAUGUGCGGCGGUCGAUUUGAUAUGGCCAAACCGGAAGCCUUCUUAUUUGGUGAAAACAGCGAUUUAGACCUGUUAGGAAGCCGAUCAGUACCGUUUCCCUACGCAUCCCCGCUUGGUAGCGAUGAAGUACACCCCCUUCAUUUGCUCAUCAACAUAAGGAAAGAAUCAGUGAAGUUUGUUAAAAUAAAAAAUGAAGAUGGCUCUCAGAGCGAUUCGACCUUAUAUCGAUUGGAAUUCACGUUAGAUGCCGAUUGUUCUUGUUUUGUGCAGAUUCAUUUUAAUGCUAGAGAACUCUACCAAGAUGGCGAAAUACAAUUUGCAUAUCGCAACAAGCGAGUGUCGUGUUCGGAAAGAUUUCAUUUCGAAACCGGCUCUGAUCAAACCUUCAAUGAUUUUAUUUUUGACUCGUCAAAGUGGGACUUAGCGGAUCUUACCUACUCCGGUGGUCUAUACUUUCCUGUUGUAGUUGUAAUCCAAACAGAUGACUUAGAACGAGCACAGAUGCAAAGUACGAUGUGCACAGUGGAUGUAGCUAAUGACAGUAGCCAUGCACUUAUUCUUAAACCUUUACGGCAGAAAAUAGCUUGUGAUGGAGUUAUUUAUCUACUUCAGGAGAUGUUCGGCAUCGAAAAUAAGGAAAGCUCCGGUGAUGGGAACACAGACGAUGGCGGAUUAGAAUGCAUAAUUUGUAUGAGUGAUGUUCGAGAUACAGUUAUCCUACCAUGCCGACAUCUCUGUAUUUGCAAUAACUGCGCUGAUACUUUGAGAUAUAAGCUCAAUAAUUGCCCGAUUUGUCGUUCGCCAUUCCGUGCUUUGAUACAACUGCGAGCGCGAAGACAAACUCGCAAUAUGGGUUACGAAACGGUUACACUAGUUGAAGGAUUAAACGGACCGCUGAAUCACCAUUCGUAUGGGAAUGUGGAGCAGAAUGUUAAAGAGUCUUCUGACGCCCCUGCUGCUAAAAAAGGACAUUCAAGAGAUCGCAGUCGCACAAGUAAUAUUAUUAAUCAGGUGGUUACAAUAGACAAUGCUGAAGAUCUAGAAGAAACCAGUGAAGGGAUUGAAAUGAGGAGAUACUUGCCUAAGGAUGUUGUCUCGCAGGAAGAAACUCCUGUUCUGUCUAACGAUUCUUCGCGGAGCACUAGUCCCCAAAGAUAUGUGACGCCAGAGGAGACAGAGGCGGAAGUCUCUUUGGAUAAUAUCAGAGCAACCGUGACAAAGCGCGGUCUGCAGAUAGGUAGUGGCCAUUCGUCUAGUGUCCUUCUUGAUGGUAAAGCAGAAGAGUAUGAUAGAAAGAAGUCACUGGCUGAUGACUAA